AUGUCUGACCCUUUCUCUGUUGGAAGCAGUGCGCUGGGCGUCAUAUCGUUAGGCCUGACAGUAUGUCAAGGCCUAAUCUCCUACUUUUCGGCUCUGAAAGGCCAAGAUCAAUAUCUUGACAGCCUCACGGUACGAGUCGAAGGUCUCAAAGAUUGCCUUACCAUCCUCCAACGAGCUCUGCCUUCGUGGAGGAGCCAUACAGCCAACGCAGCUUCCCGGAUCGACCAUUCAAUCAGCGAGUGUCGUUCGCAGAUAUUAUCUCUCGAAGCCAAGCUCACCGAUCUACAGCGAACACAUGGUCCUUCGCUUGUACACGACAAACUUCGACACCUCACACGCAAGGCCAUCUUUCCCUUCAAGAAGGACGCCUUGGUGGAGUUGUCUAGCACAGUUGAUGGACUACAGCAGAAUCUGCACACGAUUCUUCAGAUUGCAAAUUUGCAAGUCGAAAGCCUAUUUUUGCUUGGUCGCAAAUGCAGCUAA